AUGAUGACUUCCAAAAGGAAACUUGAUUCGGUAAAAUGUGAACUAGAAGAACUGGAGCGCCAAACAUUGGAAGUAAAGCAGAAGCAGACCGAAAAUGAAGCACAAGUCGCCGCAGCUUCUAGUGAGCUAGAAGAGCAGAAAGCAGAAGUUCAGCGGGAAGAGGAAGCUUUGAAAGCGUCUAGGGAAGACUACGAGAAUAGGAAAGCGGGAGCUGUAGCGGAGUUUGAAAAGGCUGAGAGCGACUUCCAACAGCAAGCAAGUGAGUUGUCGCAGCAACUAGAGAGUGGACAUAAGGUUAUCGAGGAAGCGAAAACUGAGUGUGAGAAACUAAAGGAAUCGGAACGUUUACUCAAUGAAUUCGGAGAAACUAACAGGCAAACUGUAGAAAUGCAGUCAAAGCUGCCUCAAAUGGAGAAAGAAUGCGAAGAACUGCGAAUGAAGAUUGAGUCGAAAAGGGCAACUCUGGAAUUAGAGAACUUGAAAAUUGAAGAUCUUCGAAAAGGUGCAGAAUCAAACAAGCUGGCAAAACAAAGGGAGCUCGAAGAUGAAAAUGCAGAAGUGGCAGGGUUGGAGGCUGAGGUGUUAAGGCUGGAGACCGAAGCAGAUGAUAUGCAGAACAAGAAAUAUGAGUUGGAAGGCGAGAUACACUUAAUCAAGCAUCAGCUAUCAACCAAAGCUGAUGAGCUGGCGGCUGCUAAGGAGAGUUUCUGUCAUAUGCAAGAAGCGGCGAAUGUUACAUCAAAAGAGAAAAUAUCUACGAACUGUGCAGCUGGUGGGCAAGAGGCAAAAAUAGAGAAUGGAGUCGAAAAGCCCCCAGGCUUUGGGGAAGAAGACACCAAAGAGCAAGGAAUGGACCAGAAAAACCGCCGCUCACAGAUCAAUACAAGUCCGCAAAAGCUCAGAACUCCAAAACAGAAGUCGAAGGCAAAUAAGCAGUCAGAGAAGGCAACUAGAGAAGGAGCUGGAGAAGUCAGAAAAUACAGAAAUAAUCUUGAAACCUGUGAUAAUGACGGUGACGAUAUUGAGCAAGUGGACACUCGGAAUAUUGACUCUGACGGUGUGAAGAGCUCCGAAUUACAGCACACGAAUACUCUUGCGUCAACACUAGCCGACGAAUUCAGUAAUUAUUUUCCAAUAUGUCUUGAAAAAAUGGAACAGGCUCGGAUAGCAAGUCAAAGCCUAGUUUUUCUAGAGCGUGAUAUUGCAGUGGAUCUGGAUGACAGUAUGAUGGUGGAGAAUGACGAUAAUGAUGACUUGUUUGGCGAUUUAAGCACGGACACUCCGCUUAAGAAAAAUUUGGGAGCGACUCAAGAUAAGCACAGUCCUCGUAAACCCGCCCGCACAGAUGAUGACAUUCACUUUGAGCCAAAUGAAUUGUUCACAUCGACUCCUCUCAUUGUGAAGAAGCAGUAA